AUGUCGUUCCACCUCACGGCCUCCUGCCCGAGGGCGGCUACUCGCCAGCUCUUCGUGGCUUCGCGGGGCUUUUCGACAGCCGCCGCUCUCCAAAAUCAAGUCCCUCCCGAGUCUCCCUCCUACAUUCGCCUUCCUACACCCCCCCAAUCCGAUGAGAAGAAGCCCGCCCGCGUUCGAGGACACCUUCCGGUUCCCCGCGAGGUUUUCCCCCGCAUGGAAGGCGACCGCAAGGUUCAAGCCGACUACAUCAAGCAGACCGUUCCUAAGCCCGCCAACCCGCAACCGCCCAAGAACGAGACCCAAGAAUGGAAGCAAAAGAUGGCCAGUACCCGCCGAGAAAACUUGGAGCUGGGUUUGAAGGAGCUCUGGGCCCGAAGGAAUCGUCGUGACGCCAUCCGGAACGCGCGUGUGAGCCAGAAAUUCAGGGAACACAACGUUGCCGCCAAGGCAGCGGAGCGAGAGGACGACCGCCUCACUCGCAGCACCGUGCUGGAAUCUGUGCUGGACACCAAGACCUACCCAGACCCCAACCGCUUCGAGCGUGCCGAGCAAGGGCGCCGCAAGGUUUGGGCCAUUGAGGCUGCUAAGCGCGGGGCUCGCCGCGAUGCACUGAUGGAGCUCUACAUCAAUGCCUCCAACUUCAUCGUCACUGAGGCCGAGCUCAAGGCGGAAAUUGAGCGCGUAUUCGACGCAGACUUCUUCAAGAAGCAGGGCACUGCCUAUGGCCGAUACGGCAGCUCAGAGAACGUCUGGGACAUACAUGGCAAGCCCACGUCUAUCGCCAACAUGUUGGAGACCACGACGGGAGCUUCCACCAAGAUUAUGGACGUUUAUGAAUCCGAGUACGACCGCUCCGUUAAGCGACAGAAGAGGAUCGCUGAGGAGUUCACUGGUGGCAAGAUGGAGUAA